GAUCCCCUCGGUUAUCAGCUGGUAUAAAUGAUGAUUCCUCCGAUUGGCCCCCGGCAGAUCACGGAGAUCGACAGGAUCGGUCGCAGCCGGUUGGCUUCGCUCCCUCGAGGUCGCGGGCUAUCGAUGAUCCUAUUUUCCCGACGGCGGAUCAGUAGAUCGGCGAACGUUGAUCAGUGUAACUGACACUUGGCUCGCGGUACUGAACGGCGGCCAAGUGACGAAUAGAUUUCACUUUCGAUCACGGGAGAUUGAACAACCGGAGCAUUGCGGAGGCGGUCCCGUUUGCCACUGUUCCGUUCUCCGUUCCUGCCCCGCUCGGCGAGGACACGAUCCAUCGAAAUUAAUCCUCGCUUGUCAACACGAGAUGUAUAUAUUGUCGGAAUUCCGUAAAACUGGAUUUCGUUACGAGGCACCGGUGGCGCGGAGAGCCGAUGAUUUAUAGACGCCACCGGCGUUAUCGUGCUUCGUUCUUGCCUAACAAUGGCGCCAACAGGUGUGAUCUUGUUACCGUUUAUCGGCUGACGUCGAGAUUUCAUUCGGAUCGCUUUAAACACGAGUGCACCGAGCUGCAACCGGACUGCAGACUUUCAUGCGUUCAUCCUCUUCCACUCGAACUUUCACGGUCGAUAGGAGAUUAUGUUAUUUUAUCGGCGGAAUCGACGAUUAAACACCGAUACGAAGCACGAGAUUCCGCGAAACUGGAGUUUAUCUGUAAAUUCGAGUAGUUUAACCUUCGGUACACUAUAUCGUUGGUGUUCGAGACGCGCUUCGAGUAGAGUCGAACUUUGGCGAUGCGUCUGAGCACUUCGAGCGCGAAAGCGAACGUAGUGUUUUAGGCGGAAUUUUAUGAAAAACUCUCGUAACCUGUUCCGAGUGAAACCGAUAAAUCGCUGCUAAACGUUGACAGCGAAAUCGAGGUGCACGGUUAGAAAAUAACUUCGAACAAUGAGACGGACUCCAAUCGUGGGAUGCACGGUUCUGCUUUUCUCCGUUCUGUCGACGAAAUGCGCAGCCCAGGACCAACGAUGUCCUCCAAGUCCUGUCGUGCACACCGAGUCGGGACCCGUGCGGGGGUGUGUGCGGGAAACCAUGCACGAGAAACUUCCUUAUCUAGCGUUCAAGGGAAUCCCGUACGCCGAUUCGCCGACCGGAAACAACAGAUUCAAGCCUCCUCAGCCAGUGAAACCAUGGACAGAAGUGUACGACGCCAUAGAGGAACGCUCAGCUUGCAUACAAUACGAUGCAUUCUUCAGGAAAUCAUAUCUGGGCGAUGAAGAUUGUUUGUUUCUGAACGUGUACGUUCCACAGACGUCUGCCGACGACUACAAUUGCCGUCGGUGUGUCAUGGCGUGGAUUCCGCCUGGUUCCUUUAUCGCGGGAUACAAAGACCAAGAUCUCUAUGGACCUGAUCUCUUCCUAGAGAACGGCUGCGUAUUCGUCGCCUUGAAUUAUCGGCUUGGCGCUCUAGGUUUCCUGAAUUUGGGCAUUAAGGAGGCGAUGGGUAACCAGGGUAUGAAGGACCAGGUCGCGGCACUGCGCUGGGUGAAGAGGAACAUCGCAAAGUUCUGCGGCGAUCCGGAGAAUGUGACGGUGAUGGGUCAGAGCUCCAGCAGUUCGUCUGCCAUCCUUCACACGAUGUCUCCGAUGUCGAGAGGUUUGUUCAAAAGAAUCAUCGCCCAGAGCGGAUCACCGAUAUCCCUAUCUCAACCACAGGCUUGGGCCCGUUUGUCGGCUGCAAAGUUGGGCGCGAGAAUGGGCUUCGCGACGUCGAACAACAAAGAACUGUGGCAGAACUUGAUGAAGGCUACUGUUACGCAGAUCGCACACGACCAGUACCAUUUAUACUUCGGUCUUCCGUCAGACAUUACGCUGGCGUUCAUGCCCAGCGACGAAGACGCAUCGGUCGCCGGUCCCGACGAAACAUUCCUCUCCACUCCUGUGUGGAAAUUGUUAUUAGAAGGAAAGUUUGCGGACGUGCCUUGCUUGAUCGGCAAAGUGGACAACGAGGUGUUGGCGUUCGCGAAACAUGCUUUUCGGUAUUUGUACAUCGAGGUCGGUAACACCACCAUGGAACUCGACGUAAUAGCGAGACUGGCGCGGACUAUUUCCAAUGUAUACUUCAGUGGUGCCAUCAGUGUCAACCAGAGACUUAUGGCGUUGUACAACAGAAACUCUUCUGUUUACUAUUACCUACUGAAGUACAACAAAUUUCACCAUCACAUGGUCGACACUUUUCCAGUGAACCAGACCACGCACUGCGACGAUCUCGGUAUAUUAUUCAGUUCUUGUAAAUACAACGUGAACAGCUGCGACGAUCCUAAUCCAGGUUUCUACACCUUCCGGCGGAAAAUGGCUAAGUUGUGGACGAACUUCGCGAAAUUCGGAAAUCCUACGCCUCUCCAUGACAAUCCCAUUGAUAUCAUUUGGAAACCAUCUGGAUUAUUAGGAGAACAGCUCAUCCUCGAUGAGCCAUUCAGAAUGGCGGUCGGUCCGUAAGAUAAUAUAUAAGUUUUCUACAUACUCGUUGUUAAGGUUGUUAAUAAAAUCUACGUAUUUAUCU